UAUGUACCCGCAGCCUCACACAGUAUGACCACUGGCACUGAGGCUGCCAUGAAGCCUCCAUGGGCCACUGUUGGAGUGUUGGUUGGGCGCACCGGCUGCCGAGUGCUGUCCCGGUGUUAAGUGGUUAGUACACUUUGUUCUUAGUUUGGUUAGAGAAGAAAAAUCUAAGAAGGACCCCCCCCCCCCGCCAAUAAAAAUGAAUGAAGACAAGGGGUUGGACAAGAGCAGUGUUCAAGCAGGAAGCCCUGAGGAGUCAGCCACGAGGCCAAGCAACCAAGGAGGAACAGAUGACAGCGACAUCAGGGAAAAUCCAUUUCAGAUUCUAUCCCAAAAUGAGGUUAUUCUGACCCCAGGGUUAUUGGACACAGCCCUGGCCAAGGAGAAGGUCAUCGUCCCCAUGUCCAGCAGCACACAUGUGUCCACAGAGGAGUCUGAGAUCCUACAGCCGGUUAGUGACAGCCCCAGUUUCUCAGAAAACACCACCUACCCUAAACAUGGCGAUAGCCCCAAGUCCUCAGCAAAAAACACUCAGGGGAAACAGGGUGACACCUCGAAGCCCUCAGCCAAAGCUAAUAAUCCGAAACAGAAAAAUAUUUCUAAGACCCCAGGCCACCCCUCGCAGACCAAGUCUAGCAACACGCCCAAAUCCUUGGCAAAAACUACCCAUCCCAAACAGGAGACUACUCACAUGGCUGCAGGAAACGACGAGGCCAGCACGCCCAAUACAUCAGAGAACAUCCCCGAGUCCUCAGAAGACACCAUCCUAUCCAAGGGGGGUAACAUCCCCAAGGUCUCACAGGUCACCAUCGUAUUCAGGGGAAAUGACAUCCCCAAGUCCUCACAGGACACCAACAUGUCCAAAGAUGGUAAAAUCUACAAGCCCUUAAAGACCAGCAUCUGGCCCAAGGACAGUAACAUCCCCAAGUCCCCACAGGACACCAUCCGCUCCAAAGAUGUUAAAAUCCACAAGCCCUUAAAAGACAGCAGCAUCUCAUCCAAGGUGAGUGACAUCCCCAAGUCCUCACAGGACACCAUGCUAUUCAAGGAGGGUGACAUUCCCAAGUCCCCACAGGACACCAUCCCGUUCAAGGACAGUGACAUACCCAAGUCCUCACCAGACACCAUCCUAUUCAAGGAGAAUGACAUCCCAAAGUCUUCACAGGAUAGUAUCCUGUCAAAAGAUGUUAAAAUCCAUGAGACCUUAGAAGACAUCUCAUCCAAGGAGAGUGAUAUCCCCAAGUCCUCACAGGACAACAUCCAGUCCAAAGAUGUUGAAAUCCAUGAGCCCUUAAAAGACAUCUCAUCUAAGGACAGUGACAUACCCAAGUCCUCACAGGACAACAUCCAGUUCCAAGAUGUUAAAAUCCCCAAGCCCUUAAAUGACAGUAUCUGGUCCAAUGAGAACGACACCACCAAACCCUCACAGGAUAACAUCCGUUUCAGAGAUGUUAAAAUUCACAAACCCUUAAAAGACAGUAUCCUAUUCGAGGCAAGUGAGUCCCCCAGAUCCUCACAGGACACCGCCCUGUCCAAAGAUCUUAAAAUCCUCAAGCCUUUAAAAGACAGUAUCCUAUUCAAGAGGAAUGUUACCUCCAAGCCCCCACAGUCCAAGGAAGGUAAAGCGUCCAAGUCCUUAAAAGACACCAUCCGGACCAAGGAGACAGUCAUUCCGAAGUCCUCAGAAGACACCAUCAAGUCCCAGAAAGCUCACAUUAUCAAGUCCUCCGAAGACACGAUGCCCAAGGAGGGCGACAUCUCAUACCUUGAAGAGGAAGUAGAACUUCCCGAGGAAGACAUGGUGAGAGUGAUCAUAGGCAAGGAGGAUUUUGAGGAGGUGCUCAGAGAGGCCGGGGAGAAGCUGGUGGCUGUGGACUUCUCAGCCUCUUGGUGUAGGCCUUGCAGAGCCAUCCGGCCACACUUCCAUUCCUUGUCUUUGAAGCACGAGGACGUGGUGUUCCUGGAAGUGGACGCUGACGACUGUGAGCAGCUAGUCCAAGACCGGGACGUCUUUUGCCUCCCAACUUUCCAGUUCUACAAGAAAGAGGAAAAGGUGGGCGAAUUUUCUGGUGCCCUUGUGGAGAAACUGGAAGCAAGCAUUGAAGAAUUAAAAUGAUCAUAUAUUCUGAGAACAUCACACAUGUUAAUAGCCGAAUUCUUUUUAAUAUACAAGAGGAAAAAAAAUCAAAUAAGGCAAAUGUGUCCUCCCCGAAUGACUCUGCUUGUGUAUCAGAAACACGGAAGCCCGCUUUUUACCCGAGAGAAGCAAAGCAAGGAGUGGCCAUGUUUUUUUAUUGGAAAAAGGGGGGAAAUUAGAAAUUCCUUGAGUGGAAUCAGAAAGUCCUGCUAUCUCAUUUUUCGAUCUUUCUUUUUUUUAAAUUCACAUUUGAAAGUCUUGCUCGUUGGGUAUUUGCAGCAACAUUGGAAAUGCAGGCACUCACUCUGCAGGGUUACACACCUGAAGGGCGGUAGGAAGGUCUCGUCCCAUGUAUUCUCUGGCGUCCGCUUGUCUUUAGGGGUUUUGAUAAGAAACUCUGGAAACAAAGGGUUGGAAUGCGCCACAUGACUUUGCUAUCCUCUGUACUAGGAACGCUACAGAGAUCCACACACCAACGCUGUUUCCGGUUUGUAGGGAUCAUUACACUAAUCUUUGAUCAUAAAAAGCUGAGACAGAACUCUAAACCAGGCUUCUCAGAGGCCUAAGUCUGAACAGUCAUUGACGCCAUUAUGACAUCACUGCUUUGGUGGAAAAGGACUUGCACUAUCUCCUGGUAACUGGGUUCCUGACUCCUGUUCUCUGGUGUCUUGAAGACCAAAGACCCAGUUCUGGACUGGCUGGUAACUUGGUUCAGAAGUCUUGCCAUGUUUUAAAUGGCCUGUGGAGGCUUAGUUGAUACACAGAGCUGGCCCUACCCCACAAGAUAGCUAGACAGGUCCGGACAGCUUCAUUCACGUGUGAUGUCAUAACCUUCCAGGAGUUACUCUGUGUCCCUUUGCUCUAAUUGCUGUCGUUGCUGUGACAAGAACGUCUGGUGACAGACCUACCCUCGGCGAAUUUGAAGUGGCUGGCCAAUGCCUCACUCUUAGUUUGAGGCAUUGUCUAGCAGAGUUCUAGAACUUAACCCAUGCCAAUAAGUCUUUGUACUGGUGAACAACUCUCAUCCCCCAUGCCACUCUGGCAACCACCGCCCUGUUCUCUAUUGAUUCAAAGUAUCUUUAAAAUAUGAAGUAUUAGUAAGCAUUAAAAUGGAAAAUUUACAUCGGCUCAAGAAGCAAAGGCAGUCUUAGGGGCUGAUUGUAGGUCUCCUCAUUGGAAAAGGACACACCCCCUCUAGCCCUGGCCCUAGACCCUUGCGUGGCAAUCUCGCUGGUAAGUUAGAGUAGGCCAACUGCUACCACCUUCCAGUGGGCACCACUGACCCUCCUUAGGGACACCUGUCACAGGCUCCUUUGCAAUAGUGACAGCCAUGAGACAGUAGCAAAGAAAAUACCCUAUACACUUGGCCUUCUACCCAAAAGGGGUUCAGAACGACCUACAGAAAGUAUUAAUGGUAAGAGGAGAGCCAGGGAAGAGGAAUGAGAACCACGGAAGGAACACUGUAUCAGCUCUGAGGGCAUUAGAUGCCUGCUCUGGUUGAGCGGCCAGGUUUGCUCGGAGUUUCCUCGGCGAUGGGAGAGGAAAAGGAAACUCAAUUCCCAGAUUUUGUCGCCUGAAAUAAACAGCCUUCAUGUGGCGUGGCAAUAAAAAAAAAGUCUAACAAAGUUAGCGUUAUCAUAGGCAAUACCCUGACAAUAUCAUUAACAAAACAAGGGUAACCACAGACUUUACAGGUGGUUUAAGAAUAUCAUUUUAAUGGAAAUCAAGGUGAGAAGGCAAAUUCUAUAGAGCUGUCCAAUGGUCUGGUGCUCUGGUUUGAACCAAGGAUGAGAGUUAUCCUAUUGACUUACUCCUGUCAGGCUUACCACUUCCAAUGCCACCGAUGACAAUGGGACUGCAACCUACCAAAGUUAUGUCCUCUCAUAGAAAGCCACAAUGUAGACAUUCUGUGUUGCUGGGAAACAGAGGGUUGAACUUAAACAAAAUAACUGAAUACACAGUUUUUAACCUCUAAUGGAAGCAUUUGUAAUGAGGAUACGAUGUAAUCAUAUUGGCUAUACAUGAUGAUAAUCUAGUUAUUGUCUUCGGUGUUUCCAAAAUAGCAGAAGACUAGUCGUGGUGGCACACGCCUUUAAUCCCAGCACCCAGAGGAAGAGGCAGGUGGACCUGUGAAUUUGAGGCCAGCCUGGUCUACAUAGUGAGUUCCAGGCUACCCAGUGUCUCAAAAAUACAAUAAAAAUACAAAGGAAAACAGGGAAGGAGGAAGGGAAGAGGGGAUGGAGAUCCUGUUGUGAUCAAUAGGAAAACUCCACAAAGUGGCGAUACUCAGACUAAUAUUCCCGAAUCAAUAGCUUUCAUGUGCUUUAAUAAUUAAAAAUCAGAGUGGAAAAUGGGCAUCAUUCACAGCAGUCAUAGUAUAAAAUGCCAAGCAAGAGUCCUUGAGGGGUUUAUAAUAAAUAGGUUUGAAUAAAGAGACACUGUCUUUCUCUCAUUAGAAAAAUGUAGUAGACAAUGUAAUUUUAACUGAAGUCUCAAUGAAUAAUUUGGGAGAAUAUAGCAAAUCAAAACUCACUGAGUGGAAUGGACAUAGGAGAGUCUUAAAUGCAAAGGACGAAAGGAAGAUUUGCCCUGUUAGGUAGCUAAAUAGAUAGUUGGUAUAGCAAUUACAAGACAAUGGCAUUAAUGACGGGGAAAGAUAACAAUGAACCACAACAACCUAAAGUCAGAUCCUAGUGGGUAAGAACCUUGAAAAUAACUGUUGAGUGGAUUUCCCCCCAGAAUACUGUACAGUAAAAGUUUGCUAUUUGAAAGGGAAAAAAAUCAGUGUAUAUCCAACUAGUAUACCAUCAAAAUAAAUAUAGGUCAGAUUAAGAAACACAACUAAAUUAUAGAAUCAGCAAACCAGAGGAAAACUCCCUGUGAACCUUCUGACUGGGGGUGGGGAAAUGCCUUUUUAACCACAUAUAUCAUAGAAGAAAGGAGUUUGAACAUAUAUGAACCUAAAUCCUCCAUGAUAAAAGAAAACAAAAUGUACUGAAAGCAAAAAGCGGAAGGAACAUUUGCCAAAUGAGUGAACACUACUCCUCCAAACUAACAAGCAAAAUGAAGUAGUCUCAUCUAAAAGCAGGCAAAAGAUACCCAGCCAGUUCCAACCAAAGCAAAGACAAGUUCUAACACACGUGAGAAUUUUCCAUUAGCUGGGACACAUAGGGAUCUGUAAGCAUUGAAAGUCGCUUGUAGGGAAGCUGUCAACUUGUGUGCUGCUGCAGUUGGGGUUGAGAUGAGGUCUUCUGAUCGCGGAUGUAGUGAGUUACAAAUAAGUUUACAAACUUUAGAUCCUUUGUUGCUGUAGACAAAUGGGCAGCCUUAAGUAUCAGCUGUUUACUCCUCCCCGUUCUGAGUUUGGGGGCAGCUUGUUGUACAGAGUGAGAGGCCAGCCUGCUAUACAGACAGGACAGCCAGGGUUCCACAGAGAGAUCUGUCUGAAACAGAAAAAAACAAAACAAAAAACUUUUCCUUCAUCUAGAGGAAACCCACCCUACAAAGCAGCCCUCUGCACAGCCCUUUCCGGGUGUACCCUGAGAUUCUGACCCACAGUUCUUGCCUUUAGGGGAACGGGCCUCUGGGACGGCAUCACUUUCGUUUAACCUCACUCACCUUUACAGAAACACACAACCCCACCUAGUCAUUCAUUUUUGGAUUUGAAGAGUCCUCCAAAGGCCCAUCUGGUGAGGAGUUGGUCCCUGGCUUCCUGCCGUUGGGAGGAGGUGGCUCUUUAGGAUGUGAGGACUUGUGGCAGGGAUUUAGGUUCCUGGGGGAUGUGACCCUGAAGACAGAAGAGGGGCCUUUCUUCAUCUUCACCUUCCUCUUUUCACUUCCUGGUUGCCAGGAACGGAGCAGAAGACUCCGCCAUAAAUCCCUGAGUCACCAUGGUCCCCAAAGCAGUGGGACAAGUGACCUAUGGACCAAAUCUUCUGAGUUUGUGAGCCAAAAUAAACCUUUUUUAAAAAAUUUGUUUUAUGUGUUUGAGUGUUUUGGCUGCAUGUAUGUGUGUGUACCAUGUGAGCUCCCGGUGCCCAUGGAGUUCGGAAGGGGUGUCCUAUCUCCUGGAACUUGAGUUAGUUGUAAACCACCCGUCAUGGGUGCUGGAACCAAGCCUGGGUCCUCUGAAGAGCAGCAGUGUUCUUUCUCAGCCUUCUUUCUCAGCCUCAAGCCUGCUCUCCAGCUCUCAGACUCUCCU